UACAGGAUAGACUUCACACUGGAGUUCCCGCGGCCUCUCAUGCCUAACUUUGUACUAGUUGGUGGCAUCAACUGCAACGUGAGAAAUCCUCUGCCGCAAGAUUUGGAGACGUGGCUGUCGGGAGGACACGGCUUUGUGGUGUUCACUCUGGGCACCAUGGUGUCAGAGAUGCCUGUGGAGACGACCUCCGUCUUCCUGGAAGCCUUCAGACAGAUUCCACAGAAGGUAAUAUGGAGGUACACUGGGCAGGUUCCCGACAGCAUCCCCGAAAAUGUGAAGCUGAUGAAAUGGGUGCCUCAGAAUGACCUGCUAGGUCUGUAA